AUGGAGAACCCGAUUGACGGCCAGGAUGUCUCGCAGAAGGACCUGUCUCCUGUAAGCGAGGAAAAAUUAGUGUCCCUCCUCGUGGAUCCGGCGACCCAUGAUUUUCACAGUUGGCUUUUCGAUAUUCUGAUGGAUUUUUUCUUCGAAGAGAACGAAAUCCAAGGCGAUCCUCGCGAGUUUCGCAAGAAUGUCUUGAAAAUCUUGAUACAGGAAGGGUUAUGCAAACCACAUGCUACUCUUUCAGGUCGAGGUGCAGACAUGGAAAAUUCAAUACCCAGCUCCGAGGUGCUGCAGGAGCUCAAGGACGAGUUAGACGACAGGCGACGCGAAGAAAGGCUGAAGAGGAAAAGGGAGGAGGACGAAAAUCAAAAGUUAUUUUGGCUCAAAUUUGGAACUCGGAGACCUUUAAGACCACAGUGA